UUUGUUUUGUCUUUGCUUAAUUUGUGUUGCAGCCACAUUGAGUCCCAUGCAGUUUACGCACUGCAUACCCGGUAUCAUCCCGCCCCGUGCCGCUGUCAUUGAGAGCACCUUGCAGAUCUAUUCCUUCAAAAUUACAGGACUAAGUGACGACCUGAAGUGGCCACUCAAUGUGUAUGGUGUGAUAGCUGCCCGAGACACCGUGGACCACAACCGCAACCUUCUCUUCUCUCGGUCAAGUAUUAUGUGCCAAGUACUCACAUCUGAAAAUGAUUUUUCUCUGCGCUUGACUGGCCCGUCUCGUGCUAUUCUAGCCAAGGACCCUGUUGAUUUUGAAGUCGAACUAAGAGUACAUGAUGGCUGUGAUCCUAGAGGUGAUGGGCUCAAUGAUAGAAAAUUGAUAUGUGCUAGCAGCCGCUACGAGGUAGCAACCAGCAGCGAGCUUCCUCUAGCAUGCCUGGGUAUAUGGCCCAGUCCGUUGUACAAAUACAUCAGAUACCAGAGUCUCCGUGUAGGACUCUUGCCGAGAUUGAUGUGGUUACCGACGUGGUUACGGAAGGUCCAUUGUCGGGUGAUUCUCCUCGUGAUUAUAACGACCGUGGGGCACGAUCGGGAAUAUCGGGGUGAGCAGACAGGCGAUCCCAGGGUUCCUGUCGCGUUCUGGUACAUCCAGGCGUAUUCCUGCGUUGGCUACAAUGGCGGCGAGGCAAGGUGGGCCGUCUGCGCCUGCGGCGAGUGCGUCCGCUGGGACUGCGCCUGCGGCUACUGCACCUGCGGCGGCAGGGCCUGCUGCUGGGGUAGCUGCUCCAGUGGUGGCUGGCGCGCGGGAGAUUAA